UUGAUGGAGAAGAAAAGCCGGUUCUUGUUGGUACUGCAGGACAGUGUAAAAUGAAUCCUGAAUAUGGUUUAAUCGAAAUACGGCAUCAAGAGAUCAAGCACUCGGCGAAUAUAAUACAUCAUGAAUUUAUUGAUCCAAAUAAUCCUAGAUCAGAUAAGAGAGUUGUUAAAGAACUAUUA